CUGACUCCACUGAUUCUAUAGGCGUCUUUUUGUUAAGUCAUGAACCAGCAGUCUCUUGUUAGACUUUCCAGAAUAUUUCCUAUGGAGAUCUAAUCACUGCAGCAACACGUCACAAGCUCUAAUGGAUCGGAAUAGUUUCCUAUGCUGCCAAAAGAACGAAGUGUAGCAGUCUAACCCUAACCCUAACCCUUUGGAAGAUUCAUUGGACUGGAAAGUGUUAUCAAAAUGUAUUCUUUGGGCACAUUACAAGAUCCGGUCAUACUCAUCCUCAUCCUUUUUUCGUUUGUGAUUUUCUUCUGUGUUCCUCACGCUGCUGCAGAUGUUCCUCUAUAUUAUUUAUCAGACUAUUGUUCCAACACACUGGACAUGGACAUCUCCAAAGUCCAAGCAGGCCGAUUGUUGCUGCAUCGACCAAACCAGCCCUUGAGGGACACCAACUGCCAGAUGAUCGUCAAGGCGCCGGUCAACAAAAAGCUGACCUUUAAGUUCCACCACUUCAACGUCCAUUCACCGCAGGGGUGCAACAACAACCACCUCCAGCUGUUUGAUGACGAACAGUUCAGUGUUCCCCUCUCAGGUCAGCUGUGUAACUCAGCCGGACCCAGCAAGGCGUACAUCACGUCAACUGAGACAGCAUCGAUCAGAUUGACCAAGGAUCAGUUUCUGAACGAUCAAGUGGACCUCGUAUUUACAGCCUUUAAUUUUGCUCCUUGCACUGGAGGGACUUACGCCUGCAGGAACGACCACUGUAUCGCCAGCGAGCUAUACUGCAACGGGCUGGACAACUGCGGCGACGAGUCGGACAUCUGCGUCCUCAGAGCCAAGACGGUCAUCGCCAUCAUCAUAGCUGUGGUCGUUGUAGCUGUGGUGUUGGCCAUCAUUCUGGGCGUAUACUUAUUUAGGCGCCAGAGGCGGAUACGUCGCGAGAGAGUGUCGGGAUGAGCGGGUACAUUAGAAGCACAAGAAACCAUCUAGGACUAAAAAUAAUCAACAUUCUUCCUAUACUAUGUCAAACUCCAAAUCCUUUUUUUUUUAAAUACAUAUCUGUUUGUAUUUAUAGAUACCUUUUUUUUCUUUUAAAAUCAUUCUAAUGAUUUUGUAAAUAUAGAUUUAUAUUGGCCUAUAUUAAAUAUAUAUUGGUACCAAAAUUACUAUAUCAGGAGGCCCGAACAAGACUCUGUCCCUCCCAUAGAACAAAAUCUAUAUGGAGAACUGCCUGAUCUGGAAACCACUGCGCGGUUCAUCUCAGAUAUAGGAUUACUGAUCUGGACCCUCGGACAUGUCGAAUGAGAACGAAGAAGAAGAAGGUCACAAAAUAAGUGGCUAGUCCACUGGCCACACAGAGAAAACACAAGUUUUAUAGUUACACAUAGUUUAUUGUUCAAUUCUUUCAAAUCUACCUUUGGCUUCUUUAUCAUUUUGACUCCAGUAAAAGUGCAUCUUUCAACAAAUAACGCUUUGAAUGAAGAAGCCAAUUUUAGAGUUAAUGAGAUUAUGUAACAAAUAUCUACGCGCAGCGAUUGGCUCUAUGACAUUGUCACGUGACAGCACAUUAGCAGAAGUGAAUUGAACCUUAGGAUGGCGGUAUGGAAACUUUCAACAUCUAGACAUGAUAUUAAAAGUAAUGUUUGGGUUUAAUGCAAGCAUUGUUUACAAGACUGAACGUCGCGUCAUGUGUCAUACAGAAGUUACAGAACCCCUUGGUGUAUG